AUGUCAGCCGUCUCUUUUACCCAAUUCGUCCGAGAACAGUGGUUGCAUCUCCCCCUGGCCGUAUCCACCGAAACAUGCUCCGGAGGUACGUAUAUCGUAACCGGUGCCAAUACUGGUCUCGGACUCGAAGCAGCUCGGCAUUUGGCAGGCGUAGGUGCCAAGAAAGUCGUUCUUGGUGUACGCAACAUGAAGAGCGGGGAGGAAGCAAAGGUCGACAUUGAAAAGACUAGCAAGACUCGGGGCAUCGUCGAGGUAUGGCCACUCGACUUGUCGAGCUGCGCAUCCGUCAAGGCCUUUUCCAAGCGUGCCAUUCAAGAACUCGAUCGCAUCGAUGCAGUGAUUGAAAACGCUGGUGUCGCCUAUAACGCGUACAAAAGUAUCGAGGGCCACGAGGAGAGCGUGGUGAUUAACGUGCUGAACACGUUCCUCCUAGCAGUGCUGCUGUUCCCCAAGUUGGAAGAUGCCGCCAAAAAAUUCAAUAUACUGCCACACCUGGUCAUUAUUUCAAGCGAAACGGCCUUCAUGGCCAAUGCGAGAACAGAGCUGAGCAAGGUUCAAAGUGAUCCCUUGCGCAAGAUGGACGACGAGAAGCUGGCCGACAUGAGCGCCAGGUAUCCCUUUACAAAGUUGAUCCAAGUCCUGGCAGCCCGACAAUUGGCCUCUCUGCUUCCAGUGGAACAACGAAGAGUCGUCAUCAACUAUGUCAACCCAGGAUUGUGCAAGACUGGCCUCAGUAGACACGUUGGGAUCGUCCAAAGACUGCAGAUCAACAUGGCAAAGAAUCUCCUGGGGAGAACAGCCGAACAAGGGAGCCGAAACCUGCUUUAUGGAGCAGUUGCUGCAAAGGAGAGCCACGGUUGCUAUGUCGGGAAUUGCGAAAUUGAAGAUGACCGCGUCCCAGAUUGGAUCACAGACGCAAAAGGUCGCAAGACUCAACAGCGUGUGUGGGAUGAUAUUGCGCAAGAACUCGAAAAAAUUGAGCCUGGGUGCAUUCAACGACUUGAAGGCAGUCAUUGA